CAUCUCCAUCAACGAGCUCCCGGUGUAGGCGUCCCACCGGAACCCGGUCUUGACGGCGGCCGCGUGCGCCUUGCGGCCCUCGACCGACAGCUUGAGGACCCCGACGGCCCUGAGCACGAACGGGUAGGUGAAGCUGUCCGCGACGAGGCCCCGCGCGCGGAGGUCGUAGUACACCGCCAUGACGCGGGCGAAGCUCCCCCGCCUGGCCAGCGUCCUGAUCAGCAGGUUGCACUCCCAGAGCGGCAUCCCGUGGCUCCUCGCCGUCGCCAUCGGUAGCCGUGGGUGGGUGGCGGCGUGGCGGGACGCGUGGAGAUGGGGAAUCUUUUCUCUAAUUUGAGGUUCCGUAUAGGGAGAGGUGGGCGCUUCAGAGAGGAGACGGGAAAGUCAUAGGAAGGAGGGGAUGGGUAAGCGAGUGGCGGUGGUGGUGGGAGGGAGCGUGGCGGGGCUGGCCUGCGCGCACGCGGUGGCGGAGGCGGGAUGGGAGGCGGUGGUGGUGGAGAAGGCGGCGGCGCCGGCGACCGGAGGCGGCACUGGCGCCGGGCUGGGGCUCGACGCGCAGUCUAUGGAGACGCUCGCCCGCUGGGUCCCCGGGUGGGGCCUCGACGCCGCCACGCUGCCGCUCGCCGUCGACCUGAACAGGGCGACGGACAGCGGGACGAAGGCGGCGAGGACGCUGACGAGGGACGAGGGGUUCAACUUCCGCGCGGCGCACUGGGGGGACCUGCACCGGCGGCUGCACGAGGCGCUGCCGGCGGACGCGGUGACCGUGCUCUGGGGCCACCAGUUCCUGUCGUUCGAGGCGCCGGGUGGGGACGGCGAGGCGGGCGAGCGUGGGGUCGUCGCGACGGCCCGCGUGCUCCGGACGGGGGAGACGGUGGAGAUUGCCGGAGACUUGCUCGUCGCGGCGGAUGGCUGCACGUCGGCGAUCCGCCGGCAAUUCCUCCCUGAACUGAAGCUGAGAUACUCUGGAUACUGUGCAUGGCGAGGAGUGUUUGAUUUCACCGGAAAGGAGGGGUGCGCCACCAUGGUCGGCAUCCGCAAGGCCUACCCAGAGCUCGGCAGCUGCCUCUACUUCGACCUGGCCUACAAGACUCACGCCGUGCUCUACGAGCUCCCCAAGAACAGGCUCAACUGGCUCUGGUACAUCAAUGGCGAGGAGCCUGAGCUCACGGGGAGCUCGGUGACGAUGAAGGUGAGCGACGCCAUGGUGGCGGAGAUGACGGAGGAGGCGGGGCGCGUCUGGUGCCCCGAGCUGGCGCGGCUGAUCGAGGAGACGGCGGAGCCGUUCGUGAACGUGAUCUACGACGCCGACCCGCUGCCCCGGCUGUCGUGGGCGGGCGGGCGGGUGGCGCUGGUCGGCGACGCGGCGCACCCGACCACCCCGCACGGGCUCAGGAGCACCAACAUGUCCAUCGUCGACGCGCGCGUGCUCGGCCGCUGCCUGGCGAGGUGGGGGCAGGGCGCCCCGCCGCGGCGCGCGCUGGCCGAGUACGAGGCGGCGCGGCGCCCGGUCGUGGCGGCGCAGGCGCUGCACGCGCGUAGGCUCGGGCGGCUCAAGCAAGGCCUCGCGGUGGACGGCGACGAGAAGGUGUUCGACGCCAGGACGGUGACGGAGGAGGAGGAGGAGGUCUCGCAGCUGCGGCAGAGCAGCAUACCGUAUUUUGGCGGCGCGCCAACCACGGAAUAGUUGUUUGAUGUGAUUUUUUUUAAAUAAAUGGUUGUCUCUCUUCGUGUUUUGGUGACCAAAUUUUGGCAUUUAUGUGUUUCAAAUGUUAUAGCUCUCUGCGAUGUUCUGGGAGAUGGAUUUUAAUUCCUCGGGAAAUAUCUCUUUGUUUUUAUAUGUAAUUUAAGUAGUUAUAAUUUUUUUUAAUAAGAUAGGUUAUUGGGAUA